UGGCUUUGGCUGCUGGUAAUUGCCUUCAGUGGGAUAGCAUUAAUAAUUGUAGUAUUAGUGAUUGUUCCGAUCAACAGCUUAAAUUGGAGCUUGAUUAAACAUGCGGCCGAUUUAUUCGAAUUAGUUAGUCGCAAGGCGUCCCGUUUGAGUGCAUUAACAGAUGAAAAGUCUAGAUUUGAAAGCUUAAUCGACAUCGUUGAAAUACAUGAGGUUAUCUAUAGAAGUGUUCGUUCUUUGGAAUACGCUCUAAAUGUUUAUAUGCUAACACAGUUUGGGACGUUCAUCAUUAUGGUCUGUUUGACUUUGAUGACUCUGAUGCUGGCGAACGACGAUCAGGACCUAUUGCUCAAAAUGAUUCUUAUGAUGAUAUUCAUCUUGUCUCACAUUCUGAUGUACUCGAUGCUAGGAUCGACGCUCAUGUCGGCGAGCACUUCCGUGGCAGAUGCAAUCUAUGAUAUCCCUUGGUAUCAAUGGUCAGUAGCCGAGCAGAAAAAUCUGCUCUUUGUGUUGCGUAGAUCGCAGCGAAUUACAGCACUUACCACCGGGAAGUUUUUCUACAUCAAUCGUACCACGUUUGGAAUGGCUCUCCGUAGCGCAGGCUCUUACUUCACCGUACUGAUGCAGAUGUAUGGCGCACAUUAACACCCUAUGCGACAAUUUGGUCAAGAUUGAGAUUCAUUUUAGAUGUAGACAUGUAGAUAUAACGAUUUCAUUCAUGCCGAUUAUAACACAUUUCCUAACACUGUUUCUUUGAGAUUUAUAGUUUUUCCAAUAUAUUCAUUCAGGA